GUCGGGUAUGGGUUGUUUUAUCAACAUAGUGUUUGGAGAGCGAUACACAUUUGAUCAUAAGACCUUACAAAAGCUUUCGUUUUAAAUUCUUUAAACAAAGUCAAUCCAUUAUUACGAACCCCACGUGCAAGAUUAAAGAUAUAAAUGAGUUACCAUAACAGUGUACACAAUGAAAUGGAAACUCAUUAUCCUGCCACAUUGGAAGUUACAUGUAUGAAUGCGUCAUUGCUGAUUCUUGUGGUUGUGUUUUUCAUAUCCAUGGCAAAAAGAAUUCUGAAAUCCUUUGGCCCGAAGAUCACUGACUUCAAUCUCAUUCUUGUUGCCGUGGGACCAAACAUCUUAAUCGGAUUAGAAAUCGCUGUUGAAACCUACUUUCCACUGACAAUUCUUACAAUUGAAAAGUUUGCAAAUGAAACACAUUCAAUAAUAAAAAUUCCGAACCCAGAAAUCGACACGCAAAACAAAACAAUCAAAGUACUGAAUGAAUGCUGCUUUUGUGAGAGCAUUGUUUCUUAUCAAGUAACCGUGGAAAACAUAUUUAAAAAGGACUUAAGUGAGAAAAUACAUAUAUACCUAUUUCAAGCCCCUUUCACGGAAAGUUUCAGAACAGAUCGACAUAAAUAUCUAAGCAGCGGAGCAGGAGAGAAUCGGCAGAGUGACGCGAAAUUGAACAGAAAUAGGUCCUACCAGGAUAAAACCAGUUUGAAGCACAUAGGAACCCAAACUAUGUUUACUUCCCUCAAGAAAUACGACGACCCUGCAAAACUUUCAGGCCGUUACAGACGUAGCAAGAGAGGUAGCGAGUUUACCUACGUAAAUCUAGACCCUGAGCAGUGCAUGAGGUGUUUAAAUUUCGGAUUUGCAAAGUGCAGUUUAUGUUCGGCACCCUACUGCAGCCCUCGGUGUAAAAGUAAAGACUUCAGGGAGCACAGAAACCAAUGUCCGGAAAGGAGAUCAGAGGAAAAACGACGACAAGAAAAAGACCAGGAAUAUGAGAUCCGUAUAAAAUCCUUGCAUGAGGACAUAGAGCGUCUUAGGGACUACGGCCUGUGCAAAAUAUGUCUAGAGGAAGAGGCACGUGUCGUUUUUGAUCCAUGUGGCCAUCUUUGUUGUUGUGAUGGUUGUUCAAAACAGCUUAAGGCGUGUCCAAUGUGUAGAGACGAUGUGCAAAAAUCUAUCAAAGUAUUUACUUAGAUUUACAACAAACUGGAAAAAAGUAUAUUUUGAGUAGAAAAGGGGUAAAAUGACAUUCCUUGAAAUAUUACCUUGCGAUUGGCAUAUUGAAAAUCCACAAGGAAAUGUAUUACCAGACUCUUUGGAUAUAAACACUAUAAUUAAAAAUACCUAAUUCACAAUCAAUGUGUCUAAACCUUAUGUGUACCACGUUUAAACGAUGUUCUAGAAAGUACAAAAUAUAUAAUUAUAUUUUUGUGCAAUUUUGAGCUAAAUAAAUACUGGAUGUAAACAGUGAAGGUCUUCCGAUCGUUGCCUGACGUCAUCGGAAGCAUUCUGAAAUAAUUUACUGUAAUUGUCUUUACUGGGAUUCGUGUUUUGCUAAUAUUGAUCUGUCACAUCUUGAUUUAAAGUUGUGUUUUAAAGCUUUGUAAGUUAUUUAAAAUGUAAUGACAAUAAUGUUUAAGUGGUGUUUAAGUUGAAAUCGCGGAAUUCAAUUAAAAUAAUUAUUUGCAAAUGUG